AAAUGGCUGUUAUGAUUACCGUGACCUGGUUGGUGCCUCUCCUAACAGCAACGCUGCCGGGCAUCUUCGGUCUUGUGGAACUAGGCUACGAUAACAAGUACAAGUUUUGCACCUUCGACGACAGCUUAAAAAUGGCGGUUUGGUACGACUACAUCAUUGUCUUAGUGAACUAUCCCGUGCCCCUUUUGGUCCUGAUUGUCAGCUACGGGAAAAUCUGCAGGCACAUCAAGCAGCAUUCCACCAAACGAGUUCAGUUUGUAAACGUGGCUUGGAAGACAGCAAGAGCCCGACGACAAACCCAGGUCCAAAUAGACAUCACUAAGAACACGUUCUACGUUGUGUGCGCGUUCAUCGUGUGCUUCACGCCCUACGCCAUUUGCAUCUUGGUGGAGCCCCUGAACCCGGCAGUGCCGUACACCGCAACUAUUCUCCUUCUCAACAGUUGGAUCAACCCUGUCAUCUACGCCACGAAGCAUCCCCACUUCAAGGAGAUUUUCAAGUCCAUAUGCUGCUGCCGGUGCUCCGAGAUACCGGAACCGACUAUCGCAUUCUUACGCGUCAUCAGAGCGAAGUCUUCGGUCGAUCAAAGCCCUGACGAAUACGAAACUGGAAAGAUGUCGAUGGAACCAGUCUAGCAACUGAUAAAAACGUCCAAAUGCAUACAAAGGCACAGCGCUAUACAUAAUGAUUGCAAAGUCGACUUAUACACAUACACUGCAUGUGUAGCUUCAAUUGUUCAUAAAGUUUUACUUUAGAUGUAAAAUCAGAUUCAGCUCGAGCAUGAGUCGUUUUGUAAUGACGAAAACAGCAUGGUCGAUAUAAGGAAGUUAUUUUCAAUUUGCAUUGUAAAGAUGGGCAGAAGAAUUUUAGCCUCCAAAGUACAUGUAUGUUCAAAAGGUGAACUAGUAUUUGCCAAUAAAGAAACCAAUAAAACGGCUUUGAAAAAAAAAUCCUCACAGACAACCGAUCUCUGUGAUGAGUACAAAUCUGUCAGCAC